GCGCGUCUACUUUUCUGAACACAUCCCAGCCCAAGCUUGCCACAACACAGUACUGCCACCAGCAAUCAUCACGAACGCCACCACGAGAUCAUCUGCAGUCGAAAACGUUGCGGCACAUAUUGGACCCGAUACAGGCGCUCUGCCUCGAGAAACCCCCACUAUCGACGUCCACGCCCGACCGAAACAUCUUAAUAGAUCACGUUCUUCUGUAAUUGUGCAACACACAACAUGGCGAUCGACUGCUAGGAGCAAUGGCUAUCUUUGAGUCGUGCCGUCCAAAGUCCACGCGAAUUUCAUCGAGACUCGGCGGGCAGCAUUGCACAACGUCUACAUUUUCCUCGAGAGCCUUAGCCUGAGAACAGUCCCUAUACAUACGAGACAGCCGCUGCACCUCGCCAACAUGUCCGAGCCAAAGAGACCAGACACGUCAGCCAGUCCGGGCGGUGCUCCGCCAGCUGAGGAACAGGGAGGAGAGAAGCUCUCUCCGGCAGAGCUCAAGAAGAGAGCCAAAGCCGAAAAGCAAGCGCGUCGAGCAGCUGAGAAAGAGGCCAAAGGUGCUGGCGGAGGCGGAGCACCAGCGUCCGUGAAUGGUGCGGCCAGUGCCGACAGCGGUAGAGCAGCAGGUCAGCAACAACAAAAGCCGAAACAACAGCAGCAGCAGAAAGGCACGAACAAGCAAGGCACACAAGAGAGGCAGGGAGGGACACAACAGAGUCCUCUGCCGGUGCGGGCCCGCCGUGUCUCGCAGAGUGUGCCAAAAGACGUGGCAAAAAAGGUGGAAAAGAAGGUGGAGAGCAAGAACGUGGAGCUAUUCAGCCAUCUCUACAAUCAAUCGCGAAGGCAUAAUAUCGAAGGAGCAUCGAAGGACGUGCACCCAGCAGUCGUUGCGCUCGGCUUUCAGAUCAGCAGCUACGAGAUUGCAGGCAGCACUGCUCGCUGCGUUGGCAUGCUCAAUGCAUUCAAGGAAGCCAUCCAAGAGUACACAACACCAGGUGGGACUUCACUCGCCAGGCACAUGAACUCACAUCACCUCUCUCCGCAGAUCGACUAUUUGAAAUCAUGUCGGCCGAUUUCAGAGUCCAUGGGCAAUGCCAUUCGAUGGCUCAAGAAGCUGAUUGUCGAGAUCGAUCCGAGCACUCCAGAACACGAGGCGAAGGACUACUUGUGUGACUCGAUCGACAAGUUCAUUCAAGAGCGCAUCAUGGUCACUGAUCAAGCCAUCGCCACCUCCGCAUGCCAACAGAUCAAACCCGGCUCGGUAGUGCUCACAUAUGCCAAGAGCUCCAUCGUCGAGAAGACCAUACUGCGCGCUCACGCCAAUGGCAUAAAGUUUCGCGUCAUUUGCAUUGACUCACGUCCGCUCUUCGAAGGCAAAACUCUUGCCACUUCUCUCAUGCACGCCGGUGUCGAAGUCGAGUACACCUCAUUUCACGGUAUCGCAAGAGCUGUGGCAGACGCCACAGUAGUACUCCUCGGUGCUCACAGUAUGCUGUCCAAUGGCUGCCUUCAGUCAAGAAUUGGCACUGCAGCUGUGGCAAUGGCAGCACAUCGAGCUGAUAUUCCAGUCAUUGUCUGCUGUGAGUCUGUCAAAUUCAGUGGCAAAGUGGCGCUCGAUAGCAUCGUGUUGAACGAGGUUGCGCCAGCCGAGGAACUUUUGCCAGCAAUUGGGGGCAGUCCAGGUGCCGCCAUUGAAAAGGGUAAUGACACCAGCGAGUCACAGCUGAAGACUUUGCGUGACUGGAAGGAGAUUCCGAACCUACAGAUUCUGAACCUCAUGUACGACAUCACUCCUGCUGAGUACAUUCGCAUGGUCAUCUGUGAGUACGGCAGUGUCCCUCCAAGCUCCGUUCCUGUGGUACAUCGGUUGGCGAAUGAGGGCGAGUAGUGCUUGCCGAGAGCACAAUCGCUUCGAGCUACGAUAUCCGGAGUGUGAAACCAGCGAGGCUUUCCGUUGAUACGAAUUUAUCGUGUCCGAAGCGUUCCUAGUGUGAAUAUGGGCAAGCUCAUGCAUUUGAGCGUGUAGUGCCAAUUUACGGACGGAGGCUGUUCAGCAUUGACUGAGCUCAUCUUACGAAUUCUAUGAGCGUAUGAGCUGCUACAACGAGCCCAGAGAAAUGGAACGGCUAGUCGUGGCUCAUUAUUGCAUUACUGUUCUACCCAAUUGUCUACGGUCCAAAAUCCCCGGUUGCACGUGAAUCGCGAUGUCGUUUCAAAUAUUCGUAAUUUCUCCAGAGAACAAAAGCAUGCACCCGCCCACGCUGCCAG